GCAAAUAUGCGACCAGCCUGUUGACAUGCGAUCAGAUAAUAAAACACACUCAUACACACUGCCUAACUGUGUAGCUGACAGGACGGAUGGGAGGGGAAACAAAACAAGAGACAUUGAGUUUAUUUUCCACCUAAAUGAAACUUAACGUCCAAAGGUUUUGAUAUGAUGUGUCUGUGAUUCACCUGAUGACUCCUCCCGUGCCAAUAUAACAGCUGACUGCACGUGAAAUCUGGCACUCAACCCAGCUGACACAACACACACACUGCAAGAUGUCUGGUGGAAAAAUCAUUGUUUUCUUUGACCUGGAGGCCACUGGUUUAGACACUGAUGUGUGCGACAUCAUCCAGUUGGGGGCCAUCUGUGGACGGAUGGACUUCAAUCGCUACAUCCUGCCGACCCGCCCCCUCACUGAGAGUGCCAAGCAGGUGACGGGUCUGACCUGCAGGGAUGGCUGCCUGUUUCUCCGCAGGACUCAGGUGGAAACCGUCCCUAUGGAGGAAGCUCUCACCUCCUUCCUCGACUACCUCCGCUCUUUCCGUAAGCCUGUGCUGCUGGCGGCCCACAGUGCAAUGCGGUUUGAUGCACCUGUGAUCACCAGGUGGCUGCGUAAGCACUCCCUGCAUACAGAGUUCAAGCAGGUGGUCUCUGGGUUUGUGGAUACCUUCCCGCUGAGCAAGAACCUCCAUCGGGGUCUGAGCAGUUAUUCUCAGGUCAAUAUGGUGCGUCACUUCCUGGGAAAGACCUACAGCGCCCACAAUGGAGUGGAGGACGCCAGCAUGCUGCAGGAGCUGUUCAACUCAUGGAGUCCCAGCCAAAAGAGCAUCUCCAGGGUGACCUACUCGACUUAAAGGUCACCUAUUGUGCAAAAUCCACAUGACUUUUAUACAUCAACAUGUGUCCCCUCUGUGUAAAGAGAUUCUGAAAGUUUCAGGAACAAAGAUUCUCUCUCUUUUGGUCCUGACCCAUUUAUAUAAAAACCUGUCUGAAAAUCAGCUGAUCAGAUUUUGGCCACAUCAUGAUGUCAUAAGUAACAGAAUCAGCACUUUUGAAACAGGGCUGAAACAGAGGAGAUUAUGGGAUGCUGCAAUGGUCUGUUUGGUAUUUCGAGUCACUAGCACUUCAGAGACAUGUUUUGUUUAUCUGAGAACUAUAAUAUAUAGAUGAAAAACAGUAGGGGACCUUUAAAGAAAGAUUAGCUACAGAAAAUAUAUAUUAUAUUUAUAUAUCAAUUUUCUUUGUUACACUGUUCAUUCUGCAAGUUUGUUGUUUAAUGUAACAUGUGUCAUAAUCACAGGUGUUAGUCUUAAAUUGUUGCACUUUAUUUCCCACAAAUAAAGAUUUAUUUUCUAUUUGAUUCUACAAGAAA